AAUUUGUAUCGGUCAGCUAACAGAGACUCUGUCCUGUGCAGUUUGUAUCUCAGUGUCAGAGUCCGGCUCCACCGUUACACAACCUACACAACCAUGUCUACCUGGGAGAACCUGCUCCUGAUUGGGAUGUUUUACCUCCUAUUCUAUACGCCCGUCCUCCAGCCUCAUCCUUAUCGUACUCCAGUCUUUGAGAAACUUCAUGAGAAGAUUGAAAAACAUCGGAAAGAACAAGAAUUUCCCCUGGCCGUUAGCUAUUACGAAUACAGCGAUGUCCUAGAUUCAUGUUCUUUAAACCCGUGUCGGAAUCAUGGGAAAUGUGUAUCGACAGCCCCUGGGUACCAGUGCCAGUGUAAUGAAUUCUUCACGGGACAGCACUGUGAGAAACCAAUUACAAAUUGUACUGAAGAUCUGUGCAUCCAUGGAAUAUGCGUUCUAAAAAAGAUCUCUCCAAAUUUCAAGUGCAGAUGUGACUACCCGUACCACGGGCCCCGGUGUAAUACAGCCGCAGACGUUUGUUCUCCGAAUCCCUGUAAAAACGAUGGGAUCUGCGCCGUUCGAGACAAUAAUCGGUUCAGAUGCAUCUGUCCUCUACAUUAUAAAGGGACGUUCUGCGAAGUGGGGCCAAAUGACUGUUACAGGAAUGAUGGUCUUCAGUACCGAGGCCAUGUCAGCUACACGGAACGUGGCUUACCCUGCCUGCCAUGGGACUCCUACCUGCUGGCUAAAGAGAACAUGAAUUCAUUUGUCAGUGGAAUUUACAUGUAUGGAAUUGGGGAGCAUAAUUACUGCAGAAACCCAGAUGGGGAAGUCAAACCUUGGUGUUACUUUAAAGAUGGCUCAGGAAAACUGAGCUGGGGCGUGUGUAAUGUUACAGUUUGCACGGACAAUAUAAUUCACAGUGUUCCAGUCGUCCGAUCAGUGAACAGCACCACGGACAAACCGAUCGUUGCCACGGACCUCAAAGGCAAUAUCACGAAACGUAACACCACGUUACCCACACAAGGCAACACUACAUUUUCCACUUGUGGAUUGAAAGAUAUUCCUACAAGCAUCCGUGGAAGAAUAUUUGGUGGGAAAAGGACACAGCCUGGUCAACAUCCUUGGUUGGCAUCAUUGCAACUGAAGGUCAGCGUGCCACCGUACGCUGCAGGACACAUUUGUGGUGGCACAUUGAUUGCUCCAUGCUGGAUCUUGACUGCAGCUCAUUGUGUAAAAACUCUGUCAGAACCGCAGAUCUGGAGAGUAUUUCUGGGUAAAACGGAUUUGAUAAAGAAUGAGACUUAUCAGCAGUCUUUUGAUGUUAGAAGAAUAAUCAUUCAUGAAUUCUAUCGGGAGGAACCCAGGAGUCUGCACUAUGACAUUGCACUCAUGGAGUUAAAGAAAAUUAAUAAAACCUGCGCCAAAGAAUCAAAGUUUGUGAAGAAAGCUUGCAUAGCUAACCGUGAAUUUGCCGUCGGCAAAGCCUGUACGAUCGCUGGCUGGGGUCGGAUGGAAACAGGGUUGCCAUCACAGCUGCUUGAUGCGACGGUACAGCUAAUAUCACACUCUGCAUGCUCAGAUCCAAAGAGAUACGGGAAACUGAUUGAUGAUAGCAUGCUUUGCGCUGGGGUCCCGGAAGGAGGUGUAGAUGCGUGCCAGGGCGAUUCGGGGGGCCCUCUGAUCUGCGAACGUAGCGCCGUCUCUCAGGUUGCUGGGGUAGUGAGCUGGGGCGAGCUUUGUGGUGUUAAAGACAAGCCAGGAGUCUAUGCCCACGUGUUUAAAUUUGCCCAGUGGAUUGAAUCAAAAAUGAAAGGAAAUUGACUUCACUUGACAAGGCUGUAUUUUCUAGAUAUCUAGUUUCUGUUCUCACUGUAAUAUAAUGAAGUAUUUCUAACAACUAAUGGGAAAUAAUAAAUUAUUAAUUAUAAUUAUCAUUUUUCGUCAUGAGAAUUAAGUAAAAAUUGAGUUUAUUAAUAAGUUGAGUUAUUGAAACCGCUAAAAGUGAUUUAAUCAAUGAUGACAUUGUAACUUUACCCGCUUUGGGACACGUGUCGAAAUUAAAGGAUUUAAAAAAACACACAGUCUUAGAGUUGAUAGAAAUAAAUUGUGAAAUUCAAUGAUGUUUCUAAGGUUUGUUAUAAUAAAUAUUGUAUUAUUGGU